UGACCAUGAAGCAGCAGCAGAGGCCAUAGAGAACAUGGCCGACGCAGUCACACACGCUCGCUUUGUUGGAACCGACCCUGCCAGCGAUGAAGUGGUCCUUAUGAAAAUUCUGCAGGUCCUCAGGACUCUGCUGCUCACACCGGUCGGAGCCCAUCUGACCAACGAGUCGGUUUGUGAGAUCAUGCAGUCCUGCUUCAGGAUCUGCUUUGAGAUGCGUCUGAGUGAGCUCCUCAGGAAAUCAGCUGAACACACACUGGUUGACAUGGUGCAGCUACUGUUCUCUAGACUACCACAGUUCAAAGAGGAGGCCAAGAGUUACGUUGGUGCCAACAUGAAGAAGGUAAGGAACUUCAAUGUUUCAUUUGUAUUUCAUCUGCUAGCUAUUAUUGUUCCCUUAUUCACAAUUUCCACUCUUGGUUUAUCUCACUGUCAUUGUGUUUUUUUUUACUUUUCCUUUAUUUUUAUUGUUAUCCAGGAAAUAGCAUGUUAGCUGAACAUGUUCAAAAAAACCAAGAGCACCAAUUAUUCCUGCACAUGUAAUUUUUGGUUAAAUGAACAACAUUCAUGCAACAAAA